CUCGGCAGCCGAGCUCGGGCAGCCCCUUUCACGGCCGCCGACAGUAAAUCACUCGGCGCGAGUUGGAGCAGCCGCUAUUUUGACGCCACCGCAGCGACGCACGAUGGUCAACGGCACGGUCAUCACCCUCUACUUGAUGCGUUCGGGCCCCUCCUGCGCCGACGCGCUGGACGGCUGCACCGCUAACAUAGCGAAAGCGGCCGCGGCCUUCGGGGCGCAGCGCGACGGCAUCAACGACGCCCUCGCGGGCACGCCCUACAAUGCCGUAGAUAUAAAACCGGGCUGCCGCCUCACACUCGACGACGGCCAAUCAGUAAGGCUGAGGGACGCCUACAGCGACCCGGGCCUGACGACUUAUGGUAGAGAUAGGUCUCGAGCCGCUGGCAGAGAGCUGAGACGGCGCGUCGAGCCGGACCUCGUCGUUUGUUCCGUGCUGCGAAGGGCUCGGUUAACGGCCGAGGCCGCGUUUCCUUCUCAUGAUAUCUUCACGGCGCCCUACUUAGCUGAAGCGGAGGACGACCGCUUGCUCGCGUUGGACGACGCGCCCAUGUCGCCCUCGGCCGGAGGGCUGUCCUACGUCGAUCCUACCAGACGAGACUGGGCCUCGUCAAAUUAUCAUGCGUUUUUGACGUUUCUGGGCGGGCGCCUCGCUCGAAAGCCGCGCGCCUCCAAAUCAAGUUCCUUGUCGGAGAAGAUAACCGCCGAGUCGGAUCAUACGGCGGUUGCCGUGACGCACGGCGCUUUACUCAAAAAGGCCUGCGGGUUGGACGCGGAGCCGCCCCACAAUACCGUUUGGAGAAGGAGGCUCUUGGUCACCCAAGAGCACGUGCGCGAGGAGCCGGGGCCCUGCGACCUGUUUAUGGAUGCGACGCCACCGGUUCAUUUGAGCGUCGGUUGUGAUGAUGCUCCUCACAAGCCCUGGGACGUGAGUCCCUUCCUCGACGAUGAGGCGGUGCUCACGGGACCUGGGACGUUCUCGUUCCCCGACGAGGUGGUGCACGACGAGCUUUGAGUCUUUUUGACACGCGACGACGACCACAACGCCGUCGACUCGAGGACCAGCGGCGCGGGGGAUGCCACAGAACAGCCAGGAGCACACGACCAACAUCCGGGAGAAGUGCGACCACGCUCCACUCCGGUGGUGUACAUCGAGUCGUCGAGGCGCCCCACGCCAUCGACGCGACGAUUCCACGCAUG